CACAUCUUAGCCAUUCUCCACUUCAAUUCCAACUUGGACAGAGAAGUUAAGUACAAAGCUGAUGGGACUGAGCAGUUGAGGGUGUCAUAUCCAAAGUUCAAAAACGGGGAGGCCACAGUGAGGAAUGUGUGCAUCACCCAAAACUUUGAUUAUGUAGAGGAAUUGUAUGACACCUUCCUGACAAGCAGCAAAGAAGAAAUUAGAAGUGCCAGAGAUGAACUACAAGAAAUGACUCCAUCCCCUAUGAACUCGGUACUUCAAAAGCAGCCUGUUGCUGAAGCCGUUCAAAAAAGACUGGAAAGAAGAAGUAUGGAAGUUGCAGAUACGCCUGCCACUAMACCARCAUUGCAGAACCAAGCACAGGUCCAACAUGAAGUUCCUGCAAAUAGAGCACCCCCGAAGUGCAGACAAUGUCAGCAACCCAUAAAGGGACAUAACAAAGUUAAAGAUUGUCCAAGAAAUAACAAAACAUAA